GUCACUCAGAGCACUAGCACUCAUACUCUCCACCACACUCAACAGUUACACGGAACAAAAAGCAGACGAAAAUUAUAAGCUGAAAGGGAUUCUUGGUUGUCGUCUACGACACGAGCAAUAAUCCAGGACGAUAAUAAUUUGCAGAAGUUAAGAGAACGGAAAUAUCAAGAUAAUAAUCAUUGAUAUUAGUGAGAAGUUCAAAAAAUUUAAAUGUGUAUUUUCAGAGAGUUGGUCAGCAUAGGCUGAGAUUUUUUUGCCACUGAAGUGGAUAGUUUACUGUCCUGUGGACGGUGGCGCAAGAGCAUACUGAUACAGAAGGCCUAGAAACUAGGCCUCUAGAAAGGGUUGCUAGGCGUAGUAUAUCUGAGUAUACUCACAAAUUAAUGUUGUAUCAGUGUCAGGCAGGUUUAGGAGAGAACAAAGUUAUGAAGGUAAUACUGUAAGAGAAGACAGGUGACGCCCGGCAUAGAACAGGCUGAGGACGUGACAGGUGACACCUGCACUACAGCACGCUGAGGACGUGACAAGUGACACCCGCACUACAGCACGCUGAGGACGUGACAAGUGACACCCGCACUACAGCACGCUGAGGACGUGACAAGUGACACCCGCACUACAGUACGCUGAGGACGUGACAAGUAACACACUCACUACAGUACGCUGAGGACGUGACAAGUAACACACUCACUACAGUACGCUGAGGACGUGACAAGUGACACCCGCACUACAGCACACUGAGGACGUGACAAGUGACACCCGCACUACAGCACGCUGAGGACGUGACAAGUGACACCCGCACUACAGCACGCUGAGGACGUGACAAGUGACACCCGCACUACAGUACGCUGAGGAAAGAUGGAGAAUAAACAUUUACUAUUCACUGUCCUCUCCUUUGUGGCUGUGAACACACUAAAAUCCGCACAAGGUGUAGUGAGGAAUACAACUUCAGGCUGUGAGGUGACUGUGGAUCUCACCGACGGUCAAACACCCGCCGUGAAACACACGACCCUGGGAGGCUCUCCACAGAUAGCAUUAGUCUUGAAUGUGGAUGGCGUCAAUAAUACGGAAGAAAUCAUAUUAACGAGUGAGGAAAUUCCUUGGAUUAACAAAGAUUGCAACGGGUGUACUAAGUACGUACGAUUUAGGUCUGUCAUUCUGUACAGUCAGGAGGACGUCAGCUGGAGUAUUAACACUACCGACAGAGUGUCAGAGUGUAAGAGGGACGAGGUGAAUAUCAAGACGUGCACAGUUCCCCUGGUGACCACACUGGGAAAUUCUCGGCUCUAUUUCUACGUUUGCUUGGGGUUGCUGACGGUGUCCAUUAUCAUCAACAUUGUUCUGGUGUUUGUGUUCUCCCUACGGCGUCAGACAGCCCAACUCGCACUGAACAAAGGGGCCUUGGCAGCCACCCGGGACAGAGCCGCUGUUAACAACAAUGUUGUGCUUCGCACCGUACCCCACCAACCUUCCGUCCCCGGCGUACCGGCGACCUACAGCGGCAACGAAUUCUAUUCCGAAACUGAGACGGAGAAUUACUACGAAAGUAUCUUAGAUAUAAGAUACUGAGAACAGUGAAGGGAUUACCGUACACAGUACCAUGGCCGGAAGAGGCUGUGAAUGUCACGGAUAAUGACAGCAAACCGCUUGGGAAUAGGGCACUUGUUUACGGUUCUUCAUGUGUAUGAAAGGGAACGUUUGGCCACGAGUGACUGACGAAGCCAAUUCGUGGCGAAACGUUUUCUUUGAUAAACGUUCUCCGCCAUACUCAAGUGUGCUUGCUUUCCCACACGUAGGUGGAACAAGUCAGAGCACCGUAGCAAGAACAACUUAAAAUACAGAUGAUGGAACAAGUAGUAGUACCAUUAAUGGACCAAGUCACAGUACCAUUAAUGGACUAAGUCACAGUACCAUUAAUGGACUAAGUCACAGUACCAUUAAUGGACCAAGUCACAGUACCAUUAAUGGACUAAGUCACAGUACCAUUAAUGGACUAAGUCACAGUACCAUUAAUGGACCAAGUCACAGUACCAUUAAUGGACUAAGUCACAGUACCAUUAAUGGAUCAAGUCACAGUACCAUUAAUGGACCAAGUCACAGUACCAUUAAUGGACCAAGUCACAGUACCAUUAAUGGGCCAAGUCACAGUACCAUUAAUGGACUAAGUCACAGUACCAUUAAUGGAUCAAGUCACAGUACCAUUAAUGGACCAAGUCACAGUACCAUUAAUGGACCAAGUCACAGUACCAUUAAUGGGCCAAGUCACAGUACCAUUAAUGGGCCAAGUCACAGUACCAUUAAUGGGUCAAGUCACAGUACCAUUAAUGGGCUAAGUCACAGUACCAUAAUGGGCCAAGUCACAGUACCAUAAUGAGCCAAGUCACAGCACCAUUAAUGGACCAAGUCACAGUACCAUUAAUGGGCUAAGUCACAGUACCAUUAAUGGGCCAAGUCACAGUACGAUUAAUGGACAAAGUCACAGUACCAUUAAUGGACAAAGUCACAGUACCAUUAAUGGAUCAAGUCACAGUGCCAUUAAUGGACCAAGUCACAGUACCAUUAAUGGGUCAAGUCACAGUACCAUUAAUGAACCAAGUCACAGUACCAUUAAUGGGCCAAGUCAGAGUACCAUUAAUGGGCCAAGUCACAGUAUCAUUAAUGGAUCAAGUCACAGUACCAUUAAUGGACCAAGUCACAGUACCAUUAAUGGGCCAAGUCACAGUACCAUUAAUGGAGUAAGUCAAAGUACCAUUAAUGGAUCAAGUCACAGUACCAUUAAUGGACCAAGUCACAGUUCCAUUAAUGGGCAAAGUCAAAGUACCAUUAAUGGGCCAAGUCACAGUACCAUUAAUGGACCAAGUCACAGUACCAUUAAUGGACCAAGUCACAGUACCAUUAAUGGAUCAAGUCACAGUACCAUUAAUGGGCAAAGUCACAGUACCAUUAAUGGGCCAAGUCAGUGCCAUUAAUGGGCCAAGUCAGUCCCAUUAAUGGACCAAGUCACAGUACCAUUAAUGGACCAAGUCACAGUACCAUUAAUGGACCAAGUCACAGUACCAUUAAUGGACCAAGUCACAGUAACAUUAAUGGACCAAGUCACAGUACCAUUAAUGGGACAAGUCACAGUACCAUUAAUGGACCAAGUCACAGUACCAUUAAUGGACCAAGUCACAGUACCAUUAAUGGAUCAAGUCACAGUACCAUUAAUGGGCAAAGUCACAGUACCAUUAAUGGGCCAAGUCAGUGCCAUUAAUGGGCCAAGUCAGUCCCAUUAAUGGACCAAGUCACAGUACCAUUAAUGGACCAAGUCACAGUACCAUUAAUGGACCAAGUCACAGUACCAUUAAUGGACCAAGUCACAGUAACAUUAAUGGACCAAGUCACAGUACCAUUAAUGGGACAAGUCACAGUACCAUUAAUGGACCAAGUCACAGUAACAUUAAUGGACCAAGUCACAGUACCAUUAAUGGACCAAGUCACAGUACCAUUAAUGGGCCAAGUCACAGUACCAUUAAUGGGCCAAGUCACAGUACCAUUAAUAGGCCAAGUCACAGUACCAUUAAUUGGUCAAGUCACAGCACCAUUAAUGGACCAAGUCAAAGUACCAUUAAUGGGCGAAAUCACAGUACCAUUAAUGGGCGAAAUCACAGUACCAUUAAUGGGCUAAGUCACAGUAACAUUAAUGGACCAAGUCACAGUACCAUUAAUGGACCAAGUCACAGUAACAUUAAUGGACCAAGUCACAGUACCAUUAAUGGGACAAGUCACAGUACCAUUAAUGGACCAAGUCACAGUACCAUUAAUGGACCAAGUCUCAGUACCAUUAAUGGACCAAGUCACAGUACCAUUAAUGGACCAAGUCACAGUACCAUUAAUGGGCCAAGUCACAGUACCAAUAAUGGACCAAGUCACAGUACCAUUAAUGGACCAAGUCACAGUACCAUUAAUGGACCAAGUCACAGUACCAAUAAUGGACCAAGUCACAGUACCAUUAAUGGACCAAGUCACAGUAACAUUAAUGGACCAAGUCACAGUACCAUUAAUGGGACAAGUCACAGUACCAUUAAUGGACCAAGUCACAGUACCAUUAAUGGACCAAGUCUCAGUACCAUUAAUGGACCAAGUCACAGUACCAUUAAUGGACCAAGUCACAGUACCAUUAAUGGGCCAAGUCACAGAAACCAAUAA